GCUGGGUCCCAGCUCCAGCAGCACAUCGUCGCGGCCCAGCUUGGUGAGCAGCUCCAGCAGUCGGCCUACCGAGGCACCGGGGCGUCCCUGCCAGGCGUCCAGCAGCCUGCCCGUGGGGUCGGCGUGCGACUCCAGCUGCCGGAUCUCCAAGUACUCAAAGUCCAUCUCCUCCGCCAGCACAGUCCAGUCGGCCGCCACCUGCGUCCGCACGUUCAAGAACAGCGACAGGCGGCGCCGCACUCGCAUGUUGAGAGCAGCCAGGGGCAGGGAGGAUGUGGAGGAGACCGGGGUCACAGACCCCGCGCCGGGACCUUCUGCAGCCAUGGCGGGCUGUCCUGGAGCCUCGGCGCCGACAGGGUCGCGUUGUCUGCCAGCGCUUCCUCUUUCUCCUACGGCUCCCGCCCCGCCCCGCGGGCUUUCGCUUUCCGAGAAGCGCCGCCCUGCCCUGCAAUCUGGAGCCUCACGCAAAAGUGCGGAGGCGGGGGCGUCCACUUCCACCCUCGCGGUCUCGGGUGGGGGGAGGAAGGGGGGAGGUGGGAAGUCGGAAUCUGCCUUUUGAGAGCCGGAGAGGUCCGCGGCGCCGCCUCGAGGUGCUGAUAGUAGAGUGGAGCUGCGCAAUGCGGAGGCUGCAGGUAGUGCUGGGCCACCUGGCUGGCCAGCCCGAUCCCGGCUGGACGCUGCAGGCGGCGCCUUGCUCGAGCGGCGCCCCGCAGGCCUCGGCCGCGGACGUGGUGGUGGUGCACGGGCGGCGCACCGCCAUCUGCCGGGCGGGCCGCGGCGGCUUCAAGGACACCACCCCCGACGAGCUUCUCUCGGCUGUCAUGACCGCGGUUCUCCAGGACGUGAAUCUGCGUCCGGAACAGCUGGGGGACAUCUGUGUCGGAAAUGUGCUGCAGCCCGGGGCCGGGGCAAUCAUGGCCCGAAUCGCCCAGUUUCUGAGUGACAUCCCAGAGACUGUGCCUCUGUCCUCUGUCAAUAGACAGUGCUCAUCAGGGCUACAGGCAGUGGCCAGCAUAGCUGGUGGCAUCAGAAAUGGGUCUUAUGACAUUGGCAUGGCCUGUGGGGUGGAGUCCAUGUCCCUGGCUGACAGAGGGAACCCUGGAAAUAUUACUUCGCGCUUGAUGGAGAAGGAGAAGGCCAGAGAUUGCCUGAUUCCUAUGGGAAUAACCUCGGAGAAUGUGGCUGAGCGGUUUGGCAUUUCACGGGAGAAGCAGGAUACUUUUGCCCUGGCUUCCCAGCAGAAGGCAGCAAGAGCCCAGAGCAAGGGCUGUUUCCAAGCUGAGAUUGUGCCUGUGACCACCAUGGUCCAUGAUGACAAGGGUACCAAGAGGAGCAUCACUGUGACCCAGGAUGAGGGCAUCCGCCCCAGCACCACCAUGGAGGGGCUGGCCAAACUGAAGCCUGCCUUCAAGAAGGACGGUUCUACCACAGCUGGAAACUCUAGCCAGGUGAGUGAUGGGGCAGCUGCCAUCCUGCUGGCCCGGAGGUCCAAGGCAGAAGAGUUGGGCCUUCCCAUCCUUGGGGUCCUGAGGUCCUAUGCAGUGGUUGGGGUCCCACCUGACAUCAUGGGCAUCGGACCUGCCUAUGCCAUCCCGGUAGCUUUGCAAAAAGCAGGGCUGACUGUGAGUGACGUGGACAUCUUUGAGAUCAACGAGGCCUUUGCAAGCCAGGCUGCCUACUGUGUGGAGAAGCUACGACUCCCGCCUGAGAAGGUGAACCCUCUGGGGGGUGCAGUGGCCUUGGGGCACCCACUGGGCUGCACUGGGGCACGACAGGUCAUCACGCUGCUCAACGAGCUGAAGCGCCGUGGGAAGAGGGCAUAUGGAGUAGUGUCCAUGUGCAUCGGGACUGGAAUGGGAGCUGCUGCUGUCUUUGAAUACCCUGGGAACUGAGUGAAGCCAGGCUGGAGGCGCUGCCCAUGCAGUCCUGCUCUAGCAGCAAGGCAGCAGCACUACAGGAGCGAAACCACACGGGAAAACUCAGCCCUGGUGGUGGUGGCGGCGGACAGAUCAACUCGUUUGGCAAAUGUGAACACGGCUGACAUGGUCUAGGAGUGGGUGGGGUGUUGAGCCACCCAUCAGACCCUCGUUAGCUGUGCAAGACAAAGGCAGUCUGGAUCACCCAGGCCACAAGGCCACGGUUAAUUCCCAGGGCAAGGUGAAUUCGUGGAUGAGAGGCGCAAUGGACAUAGUAAAUGUGCAAGAAUUUAUCUUA